AUCGAUGCCGCCACCAUCCUCUGAUUCCGGCUCCAGACCUCACGACAAAAGAAUUCUCGACGACCACUGCAUUACAAACCUCCACCUUCCUCCACCAGUCCGCCACUUUGCCUCAGUCGUCCGGUCACAACAGCCUCGCCCCGCCCCCGCGAUUCGCAUCCCCCUCUACCGUCUGUCAACUUUUUCCAGUCUCAACCACCCUGUUCGCUGCCACCAGCUACUCCACUAACGUCGCGGCCGUCAACAUCCCCCACGUUGCCACCUGCUACCAGCAAAACUGGCCCAUGGUACCUCUGCCUCCGCGAUUCGCAUCCCCCUCUACCGUCUGUCAACUUUUUCCAGUCGCAACCACCCUGUUCGCCGCCACCAGCUACUCCACUAACGUCGCGGCCGUCAACAUCCCCCAUGUUGCCACCUGCUACCAGCAAAACUGGCCCAUGGUACCUCUACCAGCAAAACCGUCAACAUCCCCCACGUGGAUACAGAC